UUAGCGGAGGGAGCUGAACAAGAUGCAGUGAGAUUGAUGAAAGUUCUGCCGUAUCUGUUGAUUGAUUCGUUGAACCAAAGCGAACUAAUUAAUAGCAUUCUGAAAGAGCUCAUUCAUCGUUAUACGGACCGUCCGCAUCCUCGAUCUGCUGCCAUUUUUACAAUUAUUCAUCAUUGGUUUGCUGUGCUGCACAGUCGCGAAACGGAGUCGAUUGUGCUUGAGUGGACAUUGAAUGGUCUAGAUUCCUUCAAGUAUGUUGCCGAUUCAGCACUGUUUCGCUUUUACGUCAACGCAUUCCUGUGCUCAUCCUCGCCAAAUCCACGCAUUGCUAACCUGUACGGUUUCUUUUCGAAUUACUUCGACUGUAAUUUUUAA